UCUGCGUUCCGACGAUAUAUUCACUGUCAGCACUGAAAAUCUAUAGUACACGUCACACAAAUUAUGUAUUUUCACUACUGGCAGUGGAAUUUCGAAACGCACCCAUCGAAUGUCUAUUCGAUGUUGAAAAUAGAGAUAGUAGUUUACAAUCUCGCGACUCGAUCUAUCCCUCGACAUAUUCCACGUACGAACGUGACACAAGCCGUCAAAAGUGUCAAAGUUGGGUCGUAGAGCACGAAGCAGAUGGUUCGAUCGAUUCUUUAAAGAUAUUUCUGCCUUGAAAAAUAUAUCGUUUUCGUACCGUACGUGCGUGUUUAUAUAGGUUUUAUUACUAUUCUUCAGCCGAGAUUCAGCCGAGAUAUUCCGGCUGAUGUACUUUGAAAACCGCAGAGUGGUAACUGUAUACUAUACGAUAUCACCUUUAUUAAGAUCCGAUUGAUGUUACGACAUACCAGUUGCGUCGACGAUUUCUGCGCGCUGAGAUGAGCCCAGUGCCCAGUGGAAGGAUGUUGCGUCGGUUACUUUUAGCGGUCUUGCUUUUUCAUCUAGAAGUGGAUGGCAAUUACUUUAGAACCAACUCCAAAAACGAAGAUCAAUGCUUCUGCAAGUUGAAAGGUUCUAUAGAUGACUGCACUUGCAAUGUGGAUACUGUGGACUACUUUAAUAAUAUGAGAAUAUAUCCGAGAAUUCAGAGUCUUCUAGUCCGAGAUUAUUUUAGAUUUUACAAAGUAAACUUGAAGCAAGACUGUCCGUUCUGGGCUGAUGACAGCAAGUGCGCCAUACGUUAUUGUCAUGUGUUACCCUGUCAAAAUGAUGACAUUCCAGAAGGUUUAAAGGGAGAGAUUCCAAGAAAUAUACAUUUUGAUGAAAGUCCAGUAGACAAGUACAAAGCCGCGAGUGCACAAUUUACCGAUUGUAGACACAAUGCGAGGGAUCACAAUGUAGAACUUGGUUACUUGAAUACAACUAUUAGUGUAGAGAAUUACAAAGAAUUUGAAAGAUGGCAGCGACACGAUGAUGCGCAGGAUAAUUUCUGUGUAAAAGAAUCUAGUCCCGGGGAAUAUGUAGAUCUUCUAUUGAAUCCCGAAAGAUACACAGGAUACAAAGGCGUUAGUGCGCACAGAAUAUGGCGGAGUAUUUACAUGGAGAAUUGUUUCAGGCCUGAAAAUUCACCUCAUAUUUUUAUACAAUCUUCCAAGAUCAACGGUAUGUGUUUGGAAAAACGAGUUUUUUACCGAGUCAUAUCCGGCUUGCACGCUAGCAUCAAUAUACACUUAUGUUCGAAAUACUUGCUGGCUCCUCAAGAUGGUUUACGAGGAUCGUCCGAUAAUCAGUGGGGUCCUAAUUUGGAGGAGUUGCAAAGGAGAUUCUCGUCGGAAACAACGGGGGGUGAGGGUCCGAAUUGGCUAAAAAAUUUAUAUUUCACUUACUUGCUUCAACUGAGAGCUUUAGCCAAGGCUGCGCCUUACCUGGAGAGAGAGGAGUAUUACACGGGAAACACAGUGGACGACGAGGAUACAAGACUGGCUAUGAAUGAUAUAUUGAGCGUUGUCAAGUCAUUUCCGGAACACUUCAACGAGACAGUUAUGUUCACCGGUGGAAGGCAAGCGCAGUUGUUGAAAGAAGAAUUUAGACAACAUUUCAGAAAUAUUUCACGUAUCAUGGAUUGUGUGGGAUGCGAGAAAUGUAAGCUAUGGGGUAAAUUGCAAAUCCAAGGCCUGGGUACCGCGUUGAAGAUACUAUUCUCAGGAAAAUUCGACAGAUGGGAACCGACGCUCAACAAUCUAAACCGAAAGUUGUUUUUUCUGGAGAGGAGUGAAAUUGUCGCAUUGGUAAAUGCUUUCGGCAGAUUAUCAGAAAGUAUCUUCGAGUUGGACAGGUUUCGCGGGAUGAUGAGAUAACGUACCAACAAUUUGUAAUUAGGGAUUUUUCAGUACUACUACGCCACAUCACGGAACAACAUCACUCAGAUCAGCUACGUACUUUUUUUUAUCUUUGUUACACGUGAAGCGUCGACUUUGCUGCAAUCAGAUGUCACGGGAUGAUACAACGAUGUCGUAACGACGUUUGUAUCUCGGUUAUGUUUGUAUCGCGAUUUUCUCUUCCGAUAUUACUAGUAAUGUAUAUGUACAUACGAAUGUUCACACACACACACACACACGCGCGCGCGCACACACACACAC